GCAGAAGUUUGCGAAACGAGAUCUCGGAAGUUGUUUGCCAGGAUACGCUAUUGUUUUGAAAAAAAUAUAUCUAAAUACUGUUAAACAUUCUUCAGUGUGCUAGUGGUUUUUAUCUAAAAUAUAUUAGUUUCCGAAUAAGACCGGCAGUGUCGCGGAGGACUCUGGGAGUUGUAGUUCGUGUGUUUUGGGUUGUGAUUAGAGUUUUUUUUUCUGGGCACAUGGCUGGUUGAACGCUGGGCGCGGCCAGUGAACAUGUCAACCGUUGCCACUCGAAACAGCAGCUUGCAGCGCAGGCCCGGCGGGGUACCCAGCAGCCAGAGGAAGCCCUACAAGUGCUCCAAGUGCGAGCGUGCCUUCAAUAGCCUUGCCAAACUGGAGCGGCAUGGCCGGAGGGCCCACGCAGGGACGCGCAGGCACAGCUGCUCGGGCUGCCAGCAGAGCUUCUCGGACCCGGUCGAGCUCGCCACACACCUGCGUCACGCCCACGGGAUCCACAGACCACACAAGUGCCCGCUGUGCGCCAGGACCUUCGCCCUGCUCUCCAGCCUGCGGGUGCACAAGAGGACCCACGUGGGCGGGCAGAGCUUCCUCCCGAGCUCCAGCCUCCAGCAGCAGCAGAGUAAGAUCCCCAGAGUUAGGGAUUACAAGUGCCUCACCUGCGGCAAGGACUUCUCCAAGCCCUACCACCUCCGGAGGCACCAGGAGGUGCAUCUGACCGCCUUGAGCCACAAGUGUCCGGACUGUGGGAAGUGCUUCAGGGCCAAGACUCACCUGUACCUCCACCGGCUCGUGCACGGCACGAAGCACAAGUGCGAACGGUGCAAUAAGUUCUUUGUCCACCAGGCGGGGCUUGAGGGUCACCUGCAGAGGUUCCACAGCCAGCCAGGGGGUGAGGAGGAAGGAAGAGGAGGAGGAGAAAAAGAACAAGAACAAGCACCAUCACCAGAGCCCCUUCACCGGUGCAGCCAGUGCCCGAAGCGCUUCCGAUCGGCCGCCCGGCUCGCGGUGCAUCGCCGCCGCUUCCACGCCCGCCAAGAGGAGGAGAAGGAGGCGGCAACUCCAGAGAGCAAGACGUUCGCCUGCACGCUCUGCGACAGGGUCUUCAGGCACUCCUCCACCCUCUCGCACCACAAGAGUAGGCACCUCCGCCAGGAGCUGCGCUGCAGCGUGUGCACCCACGACCUUGCCAACGGCGGGUCCCUGCAGCUCCGAGUCCGCCUGCACCACACCGGCGGGAAGAGGCCUUACCACUGCCUGGUCUGCACCAGGACCUUCUGCGCCAUGCUGACCUUCCUGAGGCACUGCGAGAAGCACCAGCAGCAGGACAAGGAAGGGCAAGGAGCCGGGAGCGCCGAGUAGCUCGUCCUGCCUGCUGUGAGUGAAAACAGGGCUGGCGGUGUUGCAUUGCCUUGGGCUUUAUUUGACCCGUUGUGAUCGUAAUGUAUAUUUCUACAGAACAGGAAACUUGCAGGAAGCACAAAAAAUUGAGCAACUUUUACUAAGAGUUUAAUUAACCAAAGUUUACCAACAGAAACCAACGAGUUCAUUUUUUUUAAUACUUUACUGUUUUUAGAUUCCCUUUUUGAAUUCUCUGUGGACAAAUGAAAGAUUUUAUUUUGUUUAUUUGAUCAUUUGUACAUUAAAAAAACACUUUUGUUUGGGCAUAACUACUUAAACAACAUUACCUACCAAAGCAAACCAGAACACAAACGCAUGUGGCAGAACAAAAAUAAAGCAGAUUUCUACAUCUGAAAAUAACCCUCUUUUAGUAUACAUUGAAGAAGGGUCAUGGCGUGCAUAGCUGUGUGACCACAAAACUACACCUAGAGACGUUUAGCAGAGCCAUUACUGUGCCAUGUGUUAAUCUUGCUUUUCCACUGUUAACCCAGUACUACACUGUGCUGUAGAUUUAAUGUGUAUGUCUGUGUUCAGUGCACUGAAAGGGGACCAGUCUUUGUGUUGAGGCAUUGCACCAGCAAUCACUGGGGUCUGUAUUUAAUCCAAGUUUGCUUAAAAAAGCUGUUACUGUACCCCAACACCCAAAACAGAAUAUAUCAGCUACAGCUCUGAGAAUCUUUUUGGUUUCUAUUGCAGUUUGCUACUGCAGCUGCACAUUACUGAUGUAGAAAAGUGUAAAGAAAUGUGAACGGUUUCCAGAGUGCAUGAACGACAUCACUGGCAGGCAGCCUGAUCGGACAAGUGGAGGCACCUUGAACUGUGGCUGUGGCCAAAAGCUCAUCUACAGAUAGAUGUGUGUGUGAACAUUAUUUAGAUAUUUUAUUUAACAUCAUGUAAUCAAAGAAACUACAAAUUAUAUCACAAAAGUCUACCGGAA